AUGGGCCUCAUCGAGAAGGUUCAGCCACCUACAGCGACUCUCAACGGUCCGUCUGGAAAGUCACUCCCCGCAACAAGCUCCUCAACAGACCUUGACCCGGCGAGUAAAUGGAGACGUUUCGUUAGCAAGACCUCCUCUAAAAUGGAGCCUGAGCAGACACCUUUUUCACCCUUGAAUCAGGAGAAGCAUGCGUCAAAAUUCCCAACUCAGUCAUUGAACGGAAUAAGAAAGCUUGGGACUCCUUCAUUCUCGGACAAUUCCUACGAGGAACCUCCUGCUAAAGGAGCCGUCCACGCAAUUGUAAACGGAAUUGGAGCAGACAAAAGCGCGACAUCUCUGUUUCGAAAAUGGAUGGACACGCUUUUCUAUUUAGAGUCCCCUGUCCAAAUGCUAGAAGGAAAUUCUCAGUCAAUGCCUUUGGCAGUAGAAGGACAAACGAUGUUUGUGGCGAAGUGGGCUCCAGGUCCUCUCCAAGAGAAACCCGAGCUAUCAAUGGUCCCGGUUUGGCUGGAUUUCACUGGAGUACCACUGCAAUUCUUCAACCGAGACGCCUUGAAGGAAAUAGCUGGACUGGUCGGACAUCCUAUUUGUCUCCACUCCGCAACUGAAAACCUCACUAACCUUGAGGUCGCCCGAGUGUAUACUGUUAUAGAUCCCCGAAAGCCACUGCCGGAAGGGGUCAAUGCUCAGUUCGAAUCAGGAGGUCUCAUCGUUGAUCUAAGUCCUCACUUUGUCCCUUCAUCGGCGGCUCCUUCUGAGGACGAGUCUUAUUCGAGUCAGCAGGGAAAAAUUUGGGUCGUGUGGCACCCCUCCGUUCAAGUCACACUAAUCUCCAAGUCUCUUCAGGUCAUCACCUGUGCGGUCAAACUUCCAUUUCAGCCUUCUGAGAUGGUUAUCUCAAUUGUCUAUGGUUCGAACUUCAGGGAAGAUAGAAGGAGCCUCUGGUCUGAGCUGAUUAGUACAUCGUCGACGACGAAACACUCAGCUGGUAAUGAUUAUCUCUCUACCUCAGGUAUGCGAGAGUUCAAUGACUGUGUCAACGCAUGCCUUCUCUCUGAUCUGCCGUACUUUGGGAACACUCAUACUUGGUCUAAUAGCCAAGGAAGCACUCUGGAUUCAGUGGGGGUGUUUGGAGAUCCUGGUAUCUCAGAUCAUAGUCCAUGCUGCAUCUACAUGGACUCAUUUUCUCCAAAGCAGAAGAAACCUUCAAGUUCUUCUCAAUGCUCAACAGCCACCCAGAGUUUGCAGAGGUCUUACAUCAGUGUUGGAACUCUCUCCCCGUUUUCUGGCUCUAGAAUAACUCCAAUCUUGCCAACACGCCCUCCUUGCUUCUCCAUCUCCAUCUCUAGCAGCCUGGAAAGAACAGCUCACAGAAAAUGGAUAAUGCUAGCAAAGGCUGAAGAGUCUUUCCUUAGACAGAGAGCCCGUAUUCAGUGGCUAGCUGAGGGAGACUGUAACUCGGCAUUCUUCUACCGUGCUAUUAAAUCUCGCUCUGCUCAAAACUUUAUUCACAUGUUACUGGAUUCAAGCGAUAGGGUUAUUGAUGAUCUUCAGGGUAUCAAAGAUCACAUCUUGGGUUUCUAUCAAAACCUUCUAGGAGGACAAAUCCAACCCACUUCCUCGUCUCCAGACUUGAUAGGAGACCUGGUCCCGUACAGAUGUUCGUCGGAAGCAUCGGCUACUCUAUUGGCUCGGUCACCUGGCCCUGACGGCUACCCUGCUGAGUUCUUUACUGCAAAUUGGAACGCUGUGGGUGCUGACAUGGUGGCUGCUGUGCAAGAGUUCUUUGAAUCUGGAAAAAUUCUAAGGCAGUGGAACUCUACAGCUGUAACCUUGAUUCGUAAAAAGCCGAAUGCUUCAAAAAUAACAGAAUUCAGGCCCAUUUCUUGCUGCAACACUGUGUACAAGGUUAUUUCUAAACUGUUAGCAAAUCGCCUCAAGCAGAUUCUGCCUUCUAUCAUCUCAAACUCGCAGUCGGCUUUCAUCCCCGGAAGAUCUCUUGCUGAAAAUGCCCUCAACUUUCCGAGGAGCUUUACAAACCUUAUCAAGCAGUGCUUAACCACUACCAGUUUCUCAAUAGCCAUUAAUGGGGAGCUAUGUGGCUACUUCAAAGGAACACGAGGCUUGAGGCAAGGAGACCCUCUCUCUCCUUACCUCUUUGUUCUAGUAAUGGAGGUCUUCUGCUGUAUGCUGAAUGGAAGUUACUCGGCAGGUCUUAUCGGUUACCAUCCCAAGGCAGAGCACCCACAGGUGGUCUGGCCUUUCUAUGAAUCGCUCCAAACUGAUCUCUUCACGGGUGGCUUGAACCUGGAUGAAACUAAUGACUUAGCUAGCCUCGGUUUCAAUCUUGGUUCAUUCCCUAUCCGCUAUUUGGGCCUUCCCUUGAUGCAUAGAAAGCUCAGAAUAGUUGAUUACAGGCCUCUCUUAGACAGACUCCGCUCCUACUUCACCUCAUGGACUUCUAGAGCUUUGUCUUAUGCAGGCCGCCUGCAGAUGCUGAAAUCAGUCAUUUACGGUCUCCUGAACUUUGGGUUUACAGCAUUCAUAUUGCCUAAGGGAUGCAUCGCGCAGAUCAGUCUCUCUGCUCUCGCUUCCUCUGGUCAGGAGAUCUCUGAAUCUUUAUGGGCAUCUUGGACUAAAGAGAACAGAAUCCAGGAUAAAGUUUUUUGGGAAAUUGAGCCCGCUGAUCACUUCUCUUGGACCUGGAAAACAAUCCUGGCACUUCGACAUGAAGCCUCUUCGUUACUAAAGUGCAGACUGGGUAAUGGUAAGCAAGCAAGCUUUUGGCACGACUCUUGGACCCCUUUUGGGCCUCUGGUUAAAUACAUUGGCCAGCAAGGUCCACGAGAGUUAGGGAUCCCCUCAGACGCUUCUAUUGCAUCGGUUCUAACUCAUGAGGGCUGGAAUAUGCGACAUGCUCGCUCUGAUAGAGCAAUGGUCCUGCAAAUCCACCUCUCCUCGGUUAGGAUCCCUCAGCUAUCUGAUCCCGACGAUGAAUAUUAUUGGUGUGUAAAUGAUGUGGAACUGGAUAAAUUCUCCACGAAGCACACUUGGGAGUUUCUCCGGCCUCGAGGACCUGUUCAGGACUGGACUGCUACUGUCUGGUUCAAGGGAUCGGUGCCGCGUCACGCCUUUCACUUCUGGGUUACUCAACUUGACAGGCUGCCUACCAGAACCCGCUUAGCUUCUUGGGGACUACCAAUAGACCAAUCUUGCUGUCUGUGUGGUAAUGCGCUGGAAAACAGAGAUCAUCUAUUCCUAAGAUGUGAGGUCAGUCAAUAUCUCUGGUCUAUGAUAACUAGGAGACUAGGAUUCAGGACUUUCACUUUCCACACAUGGACAGCCUUCAUAGCUUGGCUGGGGUCUAACCACUCCUCCCAUUCAACCACCUUGCGUCGCAUUGCGGCCCAAGCAACAAUUUACAUCCUCUGGUAUGAGCGCAAUAACCGGCUCCACAACAGCAUUUCAUCAUCACCAGCGGUCCUGUUCAACUGCUUGACAGACUCAUCAAAGACACCAUUCUCGCUCGUCGAAACAUGA